AUGGCCGGACAUAUCAAGCCGCUAAUCCUACACGCCCACGCCACGGGCCCGAACCCAGUCAAGAUCGCCAUUGCGCUCGAGGCGCUUCACAUCCCAUACACGGCGAAGCAGUGGGAGUUCGGCGACGACCCCCAGAAGGGUGUUAAGGGUGCAGAGUUCCUCAAAAUCAAUGAGAACGGGCGCCUUCCCGCCAUCGAAGAUCCAAACACCGGUGUUGUCUCGUGGGAAUCCGGAGCUUGCAUGAACUACAUCCGUCGUGUGUAUGACAGUGGUAAUACUAUCGGUCCGUCGGGCGACUCGGCGCAAGAUUUGAUAGAUUUCGAAAAGUGGGAGUAUUUCUUGUUGUCGACGCUUGGUCCCAUGACCGGACAGGCAAAUUGGUUCAGACACUUCCACCCCCAGAAGAAUGAGGAUGCGCUCCAGCGAUACACUACGCAGACCUAUCGCUGCUAUGAUGUCCUCGAGGGACAGUUGAAGAAGACAGGUGGUGAGAGCAUUUUGCCUAGUCGCAUCACUGCCGUUGAUUACCAUUUCGAGCCUUGGGUGCGUUUGUAUUCCUUUGCUGGCCUCUCGCUUGAGAACUAUCCUAUGAUCAAAAAGUGGCUGGGGCUCAUGGCUACACGAGAGGAAGUCCAGGAAGCAUACAUCAGGAUUCAAAGUAAAAAGUAA